GGCUGGCAACGUGAGCAUCGCUCGGAAUGUUCCCUGUCGAAGUAAUUUAUAAAACAUUGUCGCUUCCCUGUAUUCCGCACAGUUUAAUGGUCCCAGCUUUUCAUUGAUAAAGGGCACAGAAAAUAGCUGGCCUGCGUGGCGCGUUCAUCGGUGCUCUCUUCCAAGAGGGAGACAGCCUCGAUUCCGGUGCCAACUGUAACUUCUUCCCCUCCUUACAUCUCCAGUGCUUAGGCUGGAAUCCUCCAGCCUGGAGAAAACAUUAGAAAAACCAACGGUGCCUCUUCCAACGGCAAUUAGGAAGCUAGCAAUGAUUUUUUUUUCUUAGUCUCUAGCCUCCUGCUUUAUAGAAACCGAUGCUGCAGAGGUCCCAGAACAAGAAUCGGCGUGUGCCCAGUCAUGUUGUCGCUUCUCCUUUCAGUUUUCAGCUUAGCAGCGCACUACCAUCGCCGCCUACUGGACUGAGGGCUCCCACAGGCAAAUUGGUCCUCCCGGGAGGACAUAAAGCUGGAUGAAGUCUUCGGCAAGCCACGCGGAAGCGAAGAUCCCCGUUAGCGGCGCUGGGCGGAGGCCUGCAGACAGUGGCCGUUGGUUCCCGGGGGCGCGUGGAUGUUGCCCAGUCAGGCGAGGAUGUUGAAGGUGGCGGCUGGGCUGGUCGCGGCCGCUCUGGCCGCGCUGCUGCUGGACUGGUACAGCCCUUCGGGACUCCGGCGACCAGUUCUGCAAGCCCGCUCCUUUGCCCCUGAGCCGGCCCCGGGCAAUGAGACAAACAACCUCUUCUGGCUCGUUCAGGUAUCAGAUCUACAUAUCAGUAAGUUUAGGGAUCCCAGUCGAUCCACUGAUUUUGAAAAGUUCUGUACUGAAACCAUUGACAUAAUUCAACCAGCUCUUGUUUUAGUAACGGGUGACUUGACUGAUGCUAAAACAAAAGAUAACAUUGGGUCUGAUCAGAUAGAAGUGGAGUGGCAAACAUACCAGACAAUCCUGAAGAGGACUAAGGUCAUGGAAAAAACCAAAUGGAUCGACAUUAAAGGGAAUCAUGAUUCAUUCAACAUUCCAAGUCUGAACAGUGUCAAGAAUUACUAUAGGAAGUAUUCUGCAUGGCGUAAGGAUGGCUCUUUCCAUUACAUCCACCACACAUCUUUUGGCAAAUAUUCUUUUGUCUGUGCUGAUGCAACCCUCAUUCCAGGUCCCAAGAGACCCUACAAUUUCUUUGGGAUUUUAAAUGCGAGUCAAAUGGAAGAAUUGUCUUUGCUGGCUUCUGAAAGUCAAGACAGUAACCACACUAUUUGGUUUGGUCACUAUCCCACUUCAACAAUCAUCUCUCCAUCACCAGGAAUACGGAUGGUUAUGAGAUCUGCUACAGCCUAUUUGUGUGGACACUUCCACACACUAGGUGGUCUGAUGCCAGUCCUACACACUCAGCACCAUCAUGGCACUCUAGAAUUGGAGCUGGGAGACUGGAAGGAUAAUCGGAAGUUCAGGAUUCUUGCAUUUGAUCAUGAUCUCUUCAGUUUUGCUGAUGUGAAUUUUGAGAAAUGGCCUGUAGUUCUUGUCACCUGUCCGAAGCCAUUCCUUUAUAGUAGUUCUGCUCAUGAACCACUGCAGAGAAUUCUUCAUUCUACCCACAUCAGAAUUUUGGCCUUUUCUCCAUCUCCUAUCAAGUUUGUCAAAGUCAGUAUUGAUGGCAUUCAUCUUGGUGACGCUCUUCAGGUGUCUGGACCCCUCUAUGUACUGAAAUGGAGCCCCCAAAGCUACAGUCAUGGAUUUCAUCAAAUAAAUGUAACAGUUCAGGAUGUGAGUGGUAAUAGCACUACUCAACAUCAUCCAUUUGCUAUGGAGGAAAACCUUUCUCUUAAGUUUGACCUCUUACCAUCUUGGAUUCUUCUUGCUGACCACUAUAUAUGGGUUCGAGUAGUAUUUGCACUGGUGGUUAUCAUCCAAGUUGUCUUUCUGAUUAUUUUCCGGUAUUUAGGAAGGCCAUCACUGAAAGGACCUCUGACCAGGGCAAAGCAGACCUCUCUUUCACUGCACAUCUUGAGCAAAACAAACCUAUUCUUUUACUUCUUUUUGCUGCUGAGCUUAUAUACUGCUUUAGGUCCCUGGUUUAUUGGUGAGAUAAUAGACGGUCACAUGGGCGCUUGCUUUUCUUUUGGAGUGAUAGUUGAUGGCCAUUUCUUUCAAGGCAGUAUAACAUUCCUAGUUGGAAUUUUGCAGGUGAUGUUUUUCAACAUACCUUUGAUGGCAUAUCUGUGUUGGUGCCUAUUCCUGCGUUGCCAAGGAAACUGCUUUGGCUCCCACCUGUAUAAUGUUAAACGACGUCAUGCUGUGCCUGUCCACCUCACCAUGGCACUCCUGUUUUCCUGGCAAGUCUACUCCUGCUUUUUCCUGCUGCAGACCUAUGGAGCUCUGGCUUUCUUCCUGUCUCCACUGAGGACUUGGAUUGUGGGGUUAACUCUCUUUGUAGUCCACAGAAGCUGGACAAUGAACUCUUCUACUCUGAGAACCUUUAUUGUGCAAAUUAAAAACAAUCAAAGCUCUUAAUGCCCCUUUUUCAGAGAGAUCAAGGACACUUUAUCUUAGACUGCCAAAUGGUGAAGCUGCGAAGUUCACUUUGUAUGACUGAUGUCCGUGCAAUCUGAACAACUGAAAGUAACAUUUUGGAGAUCUCUUCUGCUCUCUUCCCUUACAGUGCCUGCCUCAGGAGUUGAUUGUAUCUGUUGUUGGAAAUCUGUUUUGAAUUGCUGGUAUAUUGUGCUAAAUGAAGUUCUGUGGUAGAACCUGAUACUGGAUGUAACAGUUUCUACUUUUCUAUGUUUAUAUAGAGUGCUGUACAUUAAAUACCCGGUCCUUUUGGAUUUAUAUUUUGACAGCAUGAAGGACAAAGUGGUCAGUACUGAUAAGUAUGCCUGCCAUAUCAUAUGGUAAAUUCGGCAUGUUUUUCUGUCAGAGCAGCAGAUGCCUUUAACUAACAUUAGAAACUGGCUUGAAACUCAAAAUUAUUGCUAUAUUGUAUAGCAUUGGGGGCUGUUAAUGGGAAAACAAAAGUCCAAAUCCCACAGGUACAGAAUUGCUUGCACAGUUCUCAGACUUGUGGCCUACCUUAAGUAUCUUAUAUUGUUAAAUGGUUAUUUCUCAAAUGUUACAUAUCACUGACUGCCAGAGGUCAAAGUAAUUUAAAUUUCUCACCACAGCCCUCUCUCUACGGAAGACAUGAAGCAGAAGAUGGGAGGUUCUACUUCAGCCAGUUUGGUUCCAAUAUUUCAUGCUGGCCUGUACCAAUAUACUUUCAUUCCUGGUGACUAUAUGAAGUCUUUCCUUUGAGAAGAUAAGAUCUACUUUUAUAGAGCGUUGUUUUUAUAGCAUGGUAACAGAACUAUAUGCUGUGUGCACAUACUAAAAAUGGCAGUCAGGAUCAAGUUCUUACUCAGUAGCAUGCAUUACAGCUUACCUCAUGCCUUGAUGCCAGUCCAUAUGUUACCUCUAGGGAUUCAGUCCAGUUGUCUUCUACCUGUGAAAAGGGAGGUAUUCCAGUGCUGACCUCCCACAUUUCAGGAUGUACAAGGGUGGAUCUGUUCUGCAAGCAGUUCCACCUGUAGUCCUUUGAAUUAGAUCUCUAGUACUUGUGCUCUACAUCCAAGAGGGUGCAGAAGGAAGCCUACCCACAUGAAGAAUACUAUGUAUGACUGGACCUGUGUGUUUGUACUUGAGUAUACUUCAACCUUUUCCCCUAAGAGUGAAUGUUUUGAUGGGACAUAUUUAAGGUUUGUUCCUUUAGCACUUUCAUAUGUUCUAGUUCUAUGUACAAAUUCACUGUAUUUGCACAAAUCAUUGCUGUGUGUUUUUACCAAAAUAUAAUUGCUGAAUGUAAUUUUU